GUACGCGCGAGCAGAUUUGUGAAGGGGAGCGUGGCACGCUUUGGCUGAGACGUUCUGCACAGAGAGGAGAUGCAUUGAUUCAGACUCCGGCUGUUUACUUCGCACCUGCUUUUGCGCGGCCGUUACGUGCGUCCUCCUCAAGGGAAAACCCCAGCCUGUGAGUGGCCCCUACGGAAGAAAUGGCAGAAAAAGUAAACAACUUCCCCCCGCUCCCUAAAUUUAUCCCCCUGAAGCCGUGCUUCUACCAGAACUUUGCUGAUGAAAUUCCAAUUGAUCACCAGACACUGGUGAGGAGGAUCUAUCAUUUGUGGAUCUUCUACUCGGUCACGUUGGGUGUUAAUCUCAUUGCUUGCCUGGCCUGGUGGAUCGGCGGUGGUUCAGGUGUGAAUUUUGGCUUGGCCAUCCUUUGGCUCGUCCUUUUCAGCCCCUGCAGUUAUGUCUGCUGGUUUCGGCCCAUCUACAAAGCUUUCCGGUCAGACAGCUCUUUCAACUUCAUGGUCUUCUUCUUCAUCUUUGGAGCGCAAUUCGUCUUGGCAGUCAUCCAAGCGAUUGGGAUACCUGGGUGGGGAGCAUGCGGGUGGCUGGCAGCCGUAAACUUUUUCGGCACCAGUGCUGGGGCGGGCGUGGUCAUGCUGUUUCCUGCUGUGAUGUUUACGCUGUCGGCCCUUGUGAUGUUCGUCUGUCUCCUUCGGGUCCACCGGCUUUACCGUGGUGGAGGCGGAAGUUUCCAGAAAGCCCAGGAAGAGUGGCACAGUGGCCUGUGGAGGAACCCGCCGACUCGGGAAGCUCAGUUCAACAACUUUUCGGGGAACAGCCUCCCGGAGUACCCAACUGUCCCCAGCUACCCCGCCCGGAGCCGUUAGCGCCGACCUGCCCCCAGAUUCUUUAUUAUCCAGGGUCAUCCCAAAAAUAUGUCGCUGGUACUUUGGGGGGGAGGGUGUUGAGGUAGAAUAAUCUAUAGUCUCCCGGGGUUUUUUUACCCCCCUUGCUCAGUUGUUUUUUUUAACAUUCCCCCUGUCAGCAGUUGCAGAAGAUCAGGUUCUUCUACUGUUGUCCUACGUUCUUGGCCUCUUAUCUCUGAGAAAUAGCCACGAGAUGGUGGCUGCCAAUAUUGGCCUAAUUCUGUGGAAAGGGCCUGCAAUUUCUAUUCACGGCCUGCUCCCCUCCCUGCUUUUGCCAGUGGAUGGUCGGGAGAACUUCUAGGGACACUUCUAGGGACAUAGUCGUUUUACGUAGAUCAGCAGUCCACUGCCACGUUCCUCCGUGGGGAAGAGACUUAUCCUUCCUUCCUUCUCCUGAUCCACCCCAUUGGCGGUUUAGCUCAUUCUCUUACACCCCGAAGGUCUUCUGACCUCUUGUACUGGUUCUUAGGAGAGGAGAAACUGUUUACUGACCAGUAAUCGACACAUACGGCGCAGCUCCCGAAGUGUUCUUGGACUGAACUACAUUAGAUUGCCUCAGGGAAAGAAUUGCACGGGGCGAUUCUUUCCCCCGCUGAUUAAAAGAAAACGUUCUUCCUGCAAGUUGAAAGCUAUCCCCUCAGGGAGAUGAGUUCCAGGUUCUCCUGAGAUGCUGGUUUUCCCAUGUGUGAGGGUUCUCGUUUCACAAGGGAGCAUUUCAGACUUGAGACUUGAUGCGGGCGGGUGGGUGGGGAGAAGCAAGCAACGCGGUCUGGAACCUUCGUGGCUGUGCCAUUUGUAGAGAUUGCCGUCGUUCGGGCGAUCUGCUUUUCGAGCUGCCCGCUCCAAGCACUACUUUUCCUUUUCUCGGCAUCCUAAUUUUGGAGCUGCUUUUGCUUUGAAACUUAACUUUUGCUUGCUAAAACGGGAACCCUGAACAGUCUCUGCCUUGCAUGUACCUGGGCAAAGAAGCCCCGGUCCGAUCUGUUUCCUUUCUCUUUCUAUCAUGCCCAAAGCGAUGUUGUAAAACAAAACCAGCGAUAGCUUUGGGAGGGUCUGUUCGGCAGUUCCAGAGAUGGGUUUCUGACAUUGCUUGUUGGCAUGUCCCAGGCGGGCUUCUCCAGUUCUUUGAUCCUCCAGUGUAGACUGGGGUGAGGGGGCUAGAUGAGGUCUGGAAGUUUUUAUUUUUGCCUCUCCCUCCCUGGGGAACUGUUGGUAUCCCAGGUCCCAGUUUUUCCUUGACCUAUAGCAGGUUCUAGCACCCACCCCAACAGGUGAGGUGCUGUGAGGCUGGAAGCCCUUAGCUCUUGGCAUUCAAAUGCCUUACAGGAAACCUGGCGCGGUGAUCUUUGAUCAGCGUUCUUUGCACAGGGUGUCUUCCAAAGAAGACAGAAUCCACUUCCGCCAGCUGCUGGUAUAGUGGCUCCAGAAGUCCGCCCUGGGUUUGGUUUCCUGACCCCGAAUUGUCUUCGCCGAGGGACGAACGGUGCAACUCCGACUUCAGGCAUUUACGAAACAGUCGUAUUCUAAGGGAUGACUCCCCCUUGCUGUGUUUCGAGUGCAGCGUGGGUCGGUUCUUCUUCAAACGCGUGGGCGCUUGCCUUUUCAGAGUCACGACCAGCCCCCUACGCUUGCCUCCCAGUGUGGCCAUUCCCACGAGACAAGAGUUCGAAUCUCUUCUUUUCUGGGGUCAGCGCUGAGAAAUUUUUGUGCGGUCGAGGGGCGACGAACUGGAGAAAACUGCAAAUGUGAAAACUGGCUUCCUUAUCCCUUUGGGGCAGGAGAAAUGGGAGGAAGGAGAAAUGAGUGCCUGUCGGGGACGGUUGUGAUGUGUGCCUUACCAGAGGUGAAUCUCUUGCAGCUUUCCAUCAUCUCGCUUGGUUUAUACUGGAAGCGUUUCCCUAUUCCUUCAACCCUCUCCCCCGCCCAAGAUAUACGUAACAGGGAAGGGAAUAGUCCCUGUCUCAAGUAGGUUUUGUACACUUCGCAGGACGGUAUCUGUUCACGCUAGAAGCCAAAAUCUCUUUGAGCGCCUUGUUUUGAAAAAUAGGGGUUUUUUUCCUGGGGCGCCUCUCUUCUCUCAUGCCCCAAAGUCAGUUUGUUUACGAGACUCCCAAGAGCUCUUAAAACAUUCCAAAUGCAGCGUUGGGUUUCACGGAGUCCUUAAUUUUGUUUUUUUGGGUGGGGUGUGUGCAAUUCAGUCUCCCCCCCCCCUCCCGUCCCUAGGGGGUGCUGCCAUUUUGAAGUCUGAAGGCAGCUGGGCGGCCCCGUUCUCUAGAACUGCUUUCCUGCUGUCGCUUUGCCUUAAGAGGUGUCGUUUCGAUGCCCUCAGGUUGCCGAGAGAUCCCUCAUUGGAAGCGGGGAUGUCCCUUUAGUCGUUGCUUUCCGCUGUACGGAACCGAUUGUGGCUAGCGGUCAGACGUGGCAGCCAGGACAAUUUUCCGAACGAGGAAAGGUCGGGAUUCUGACCAUUUCCUGCCCAAUGCCUUCUCCAUGUCCUCUGCUAAGCCACGACACACAUCCCCCCCCCACCCCCAGAUACCAAACCGAGCUCCUUCCUUGUCCCUCUCUCGGUGACGUCUCGCUCUCUUGUCCUUCCCGCGGUGAUGACUUUGGAAGUGCCCGCUUCUGGGAAGGGGAGAGAAGGCCGUUGCUCUUGGAGUAGACCCCGAGAAGUGGGCCUGUCACCUUUAGAGAGAACUGGAUUUGCCCCCUUGGCUCACCUCGUUGCUCCCUCUAAUCAGCCAAUACUUUGCUGUAUUUUGGUGGAUGUGGGAUAUCCAGCCUUUUUGGGAGAACUACAUCCCUCAAGACCACCACCGGUUGCUAUCUUUAAUGUUUUGUCAAUAUUUUGAAGGAGGUGCCCCUUGGCUCAGCCAAUACUUUGCCGUGUUUUGGUAGAUGCGAGAAACCCAGCCAUUUGGGGGGGGGGCUACAUCUCUCAGGCCACCCGUUGCAAUUUUUAAUAUUUGUCAUGUUUUGGAGGAGGUGGGACAUCCAUUUGUGUUUACAAAAAGCAAAUUUGCCUGAUUUUUUUUGGGGGGGAGGGGUUCUCUUCCGUUCUCUUCUGCACAUCUCUAGUCAAGGCAAGCGAGCAGAAUGAGAAAACGGUUUGCCAAAAGUGCUUUGGUGGGAUUCUUUGGAGGCGUUUCUUCAACUCGGCUUUGAAGCUGUGUGAAUUCUUGCGACUUUGUGCUCUUCUCCCCUCCCCCCCCCCCUUGGAAAUCCUUAUUCACGACUGUAACGCCUACCCCACCCCCACAUCCCAUCGUGCUCUGCUUCUCCCACCGUUGGACCAAUCGCUUCCAUUUUAAGAAGUUGCCUACUGGAAUCACUGCCUUGACCGUUGUCUUCAUAGAGUGACGAUUCUUCAAACCACGUCUCAUGUUUACAUUUGGAUGCAAAGGCACCGAUUACUAAAUCUUGGGAGGAAUUAACGCAACUUUGAGCCAUGUGCAUGUGUGUUUUUUAAAAAAUAUCUCGAUGGUGUUCUGGAAUUUAUUUUUCUUCCGCAUUGUGGUGUGAUCUAUUAAUGCUCCCCCUUGCCCUCUUUGAAAAUAAAUCUAAGUUUGCCUAUGGAAA